UUUGCAUUGGCGUCGCGCACCUGCCUGAUGACAGAAAGUGAAAAAAUGUCAACCAAAAGUGUGAAAAUGGAAUCGUGAGCCAAAUUUUCGUGAAAUUUCGUGAAAUAAAUUGCCAUAACUCGCGAUUCGCUGUCACAAUGAGUGCGUAAACGUCGCGCGGAACCCGUUUGCCAUAAAAGUGUAGCCAAAAAUCGUUUGCUUCUGCGGGAAAAGCAAAAUAUAAAUAGGAGGGGAACUUUCCCUCUUCUCUUCCGCCCCUUCCCCCUUCGCGAAAAGCAUCCCAAACAACAAUGAUGGACCUCUGCCGUCUGACGAGCGCGGCCGUGGACCAGCCCGACGACAUCAAGAUGGUAGAGAUUGAUUUUCAAGCACUGUGCCGAGUUUGCGGUGCUCUCGGCGAGAACCUGACGUCGGUGUUUGGAAAGCGGGCCGCGGACCGGCUGCGGGAACGAAUCACCCGAUACCUGCAGAUCGAGAUCCGCUCCGAGGACUGCCUGCCGACGAAGAUCUGCGACGGCUGCCGGGAAACGCUGGACCAGUUCCACGAGCUGUACGACAAGUGCCACCGGACGGACGAGAAGUUUCGCUCGAUGAUGAGUUCGGCCGAGGAGCUGAAGGAAGCGACGGAACAGCAGCAGCAGCAGUUGCAGCCGUCGUCGCCGGAGGGCAAGCAGAAGAAGGGGGCGCGGAACAGUAAAGUGGAUUCUGUGAUUGAUACCGACAUGAAGUCGUUGGAACCGGAGGAACAGGAUGAGGAGAGCGGAAAGCCGCGGAAAGUGCCUGGGGAGUCGGCCAAGAAAAAUACCAAAGAAAUUAAGCGGAAGGAGGAGGAGGAGGACCAGGAAGCGUCACCGGAAACGAAAGGGCGGAGAAUGACGCGUAGCUCGAAGACUGCACCGGCGCCGCAGGCCAUAUCAACGGCGGCGUUCAGCUGUACGUUCUGCAAGACCAACGGAACCAUCAAUUGCCGGAAUACCUUCGCCGACAAGGCGGGCCUUGUCGAUCACCUGAAGGAUCAGCACUCGGACCAGAUCUUCCACUGCGAGCAGUGCGACAACUAUCUGGACCGGAACAUCCUGAUUCAGCACAUGACGAUGCACGCGCUCAGUCUGUUCAGUCAACCGAACUCGGAAUCACAGCCGAUCGCGACGGAGGACGAGGACGACCAGGAGCAGCAGACAUCCGGAGUCGAUCUGGAGGAGGGCGAAGGUAGUCAGCAGACGGCCGAAGGUAAGUCCGGCGGUGGGACGGAGAUCGCCAACAAAGAGAACGAUGACAAGAGUCCGGAGACGACGACAACUCAACCGACUGAAGCAAAGACCGGCGACGUUCGGAAGCUGUACUGCUACAUCUGCGAGAAGACGCUGGCCAACCGGAGUGCGUACUCGUACCACAUCAACCAGGUCCAUCUGAACAUCAAAAACUUCUCCUGCUCGUACUGCAGUAAAAAGUUUGGCAACCAGCGAUUGCUGAACAACCACGUGGCCGGAGUUCACUCGCGUGAUCGGAACUUCACCUGCACGACCUGCUCGAAGGGCUUCAAAACGAACGUAGCGCUGUACAACCAUCAGCGUAUCCACGACGACGGUGCGGUAAAGUUCGAGUGCACGUUUUGCGAUAAAAAGUUUCGCUACCGGAACCACCUCACUAGUCACCAGUUGGUUCACAUGAACGAGCGCAACUUCCCCUGCAACCAGUGCGACAAAAAGUUCAACAACCCCGAAUGUCUGCAGAAGCACAAACUAACGCACGUGGAAACGCUCCCCUACCAGUGUCCGCUGUGCGGGUUCAGCACGAAGCAAAAGCGAUAUCUGGUCAUGCAUGCCAAGCGGAUCCACAUGGUCCGGUAAAGACUUGAGUUUGAGAUUUCAUUCCGUUUAGGGACGUUUACUAUACUGCACACAAACAUCACAAACCACACCUAGUAAGCAUUAUCGAUGUACUAUUCUCCAUUAUACAUAAAUACUAAAUAUAUUCGAAACCUAGUGGCUAUCGCGUAGAAUGUAGGAACAACAAUUACGUACUCAACAGAAGUAAAUGAAAACAUUAAUGCACACACCACACACAAACAAACCCAGUUUUAGUAACUUUCGUAGGACAAAUAUAAAUAAAAAGUAAUAAUCGCGCUACGUUUAAUGGCUACCGGUGUACCUGAAAAGUAUUAGCGAUUAGGAACGAUUCAAAAACACAUAAAAACACACACACACAAAAACAGUAAACGGCAGCGCAGAAUUAAUAAUAUUAAAAGAAAACAACAAAAUCAAAGCAGUAGCAUAAUUAUAUAAAAAAAAAAAAAACUUAAGCGUAAGCAGUAAAACGUCAAAAAUACUAAAUGUUUUAGAGCAAGAA